UACUUCAUUAUAUAAAACCAACCAUUCAUUUUCCCUUAAUUGGAAGGUUAUCUAUAAUCAACCUUGAUUUUCCUGCUAUGUUGUUUGAAUUUCCUUUCAUGGUUAUUUCAUGUUAGUGUCCACUGAAUUCGAUCCCAUGUCAUAGAACCCCACCACAUUGAAUAUUACAUCAGUCUGUUUGAUUGUUCUCUUCUCUGCUCUGCUUCAAUUUAAGUUAAAACAGCAAUGCAAAAACCAGGACAGGAUUCAAAUUCUCCUGUUGGUGUCCUAGAGGACUACUUUCGAACCGUAGAAUCCGAUACAAACUCAUCCAAUGAUGCAAAUGAAGCUCAGAAAAACCCAAGAACAAGUUCUGGUUUUCGCGGUUUUAUGGGUUUAUUAAGGUCUAAAUCAAAGAAGCAGUUCCCUGCAUUGGCUUCUAUGAAUAUUCCUAAGCUAUCAGGGUUGAGAAGUAGUAGUAUGAGGGAGGAAUCCCCGUUUUCGUUAACCGGAAAAUGUUAUUUUGGCAAUGCUGGAUUGCACAAUGCUGAUUCACCUAGCAGGAGUUUCACCCUCUAUGAACUCCAACUGGCAACCAAAAACUUCAGCCAAGAGAAUUUCAUUGGGAAGGGUGGAUAUGCUGAAGUGUAUAGAGGAAGGUUGCAGGAUGGGAAAGUUAUCGCAGUGAAACGACUUGCUCGUGGCACGCCUGAAGAAAGGAUUGCGGAUUUCUUAACCGAGCUAGGGAUAAUGGCUCAUGUUAACCAUCCCAACACGACCAAAUUGAUUGGUUAUUGUGUUGAAGGAGGAAUGCAUCUUGUUCUUGAAUACUCGCAUCUUGGUAGCUUAGCUUCAUUGUUACAUGGUUCAAAGGGGAAAUUGAGUUGGAGUAUUAGGUAUAAGAUUGCAUUAGGGAUUGCUGAGGGACUAAUGUAUCUCCAUUACGGUUGUCAAAGGCGAAUUAUUCAUCGAGAUAUUAAAGCUGCAAACAUUUUGCUGACUAAAGACUUUGAACCCCAGAUUUGUGAUUUCGGGCUUGCAAAAUGGCUACCAGAUAAAUGGACUCAUCACAUUGUUGUAAAAUUUGAAGGAACAUUUGGCUAUCUUGCACCUGAAUUCAUGAUGCAUGGCAUAGUAGAUGAGAAAACCGAUGUUUUUGCGUUCGGUGUGCUUCUGUUGGAGCUGAUUACAGGUCGACGUGCUCUUGAUUGCUCACAGCAAAGCCUUGUUUUGUGGGCGAAACCAUUACUAAGAAAGAACAACAUGAGAGAGCUGAUUGAUCCUGAUCUUGAAAACAACUUCAACUCAAAACAGAUGAAGCUUAUGCUUUUAGCUGCUGCCUUGUGUGUGCAGCGCUCUUCAAUUCGACGCCCUCAGAUGAAUCAGGUUUUACAGCUUCUAAAAGGCAAUCUUAGCAGCUUUGAUUCCAUAAAGAAACAUAAGAAGCCAUCAUUUUGGAAGAUGUACUAUGACGAUAUUACUGAUGCAUAAAAUUUACAGCUUCAGAUGAAAUCCAUCCAUCAAGGCUUAAACAGCAACCAAAAAGUUUUGCUAAAAUGUACAUACACUGCCAGAGUUUACGUCAGAAAGUAUCUCCAGGGAAGCCUUUUGUUUUUCCGAUAAACUCUGAUCAUCAAUGUCGUACAAGUGCCUCAAUGUUUACAUCUGCUCGCCUGCAGAUCGAAUUUUGUAACCAAUAUUUUCCACUACUGUUACUGCUGCAAUACUAGUGCAACAAUAGGAUUUUGUGUACAGUUUCUGUAAUAUCAAAUAAAGGUUACAAUUAGUUGUGA